GAAAACCUUUUAAAUGUGACUAUACUAUUAUCACAAACAGGCAUAGAUGAAAUGCUCUCUGCCUCGUUUACUUUCCUCGGACAUAUUGUCCGACGUAGGUUCAUUUAAACGUCCACAUUCCUCUCCACUCAUGAUAGCUACCAUUCAAAGGUAAGGGUCAGUUUUGAAGCGAUGCCAUCGCAACUAAAUCACUAUUCGGAAACGAAUCUGUUUAACUCGACUGCCAACGAAAUCACAUAUCUAUCGUUUAAUAAUGGACAACUUGACUGCUGUUUACUUAAUGAUUCUACGAAACAGUCAGAUCUUGAUAAAUGCUUUCAGAUUUUACCAGGAUGCAAGCAACUUUACACACAAGAAUUAGACGUCAGGUGUCGAAUAUGUGGGGACCAGGCGUCUGGAUUUCAUUAUGGUGUACAUUCGUGUGAAGGUUGUAAGGGUUUCUUUCGGCGAACACUAAAGAAACAGUUGGUGUACACUCCUUGUAAGACAGGAUCACAAUGUAGAAUAGACCAGAUAACACGGAACAAGUGCCAGUAUUGCCGAUAUCAAAAAUGCCUCAACGCCGGCAUGUCGCAAGAUGCUGUGCGGUUUGGUCGGAUGCCCAAGGCUGAGAGAGAAAAGUUAGAGGCAGAUCGAGAAGAGAUGCAUGGCAGUUGCGGUGAAAAGAUUCUUGAGUUACGGGCCUUGUCAGACUUGAUUAAAGCUGCUUUCUCAGACAACUUCCGUGGCACAUGUGUCUACAAUCAUAAUACGGUACGGAAGAGGCCAUCAGUUACCAACCCAAUGGAGAAGCAGGAAAUAGCUUGUUUUCUCGGUGAUAUGGAACUACUUACAUCUUUAGACUCUGGAACAUUCCAACAAGUCUUCCUUGCAUAUCAAGAUAUGAUACUUCCUCUUUUGGAAUCGUCCGCAAAAUUUGUCAAGAAAAUACCUGGAUUCCGAAGUCUUCCCUUAACAGACCAAAUUAAUCUUUUGAAACACGGAAGCUUCCCAGUUGCAACUCUUCUUAUGCACACUGCUGUUGACCAGCAUGGUAUCCAAUUAUUUGGCCGCAUGCGACAAUUUUUAGUGAGCAGAAAAUUAACGAAUUUAUGCGAGGAAGCUCAGCUUCUUCUUACAGAACACGUAGCAUUGGCCGAUAAAGUAAAUUCCUUUCAACUGCAGCUAGGUGAGAAGGCCCUUUUCUGUGCCAGCAUUUUGCUUCAAGAUGUCCCUGGGCUGCACGAAUCUCACAAAAUCGAACAAAUUCAGUUGGAUCUUUUGGAUGCCCUUCGACUUGAAUUGAAGCAUAAUCAUCCACGCCAGCGCCUCCUCUUUCCAAAGCUGCUUCUACUUAUACCAGACCUUCGUCAAAUUACCGAGAAUUUCGGCCGCCAUCUGCAAAAAGGUAGUUUUCUCAGCGCCUCAAAAGACUCAGAUGUAACGCCACUACUGCGGGAAAUAUUUGAUGUAGGACACUAGCACUUAUACGCAUUGCAUAACUGACAUUAUCAUAUACAUUCAUAAAUAUAUACAAAGACAUACGCAAUUCUGAAAGCUGAGAUAU